UGCGAUCGAAUUUCGAUAUACUUUCGAUUUCGAUUUCGUCGCUCGUUUCGAUUUCUAAAAAAUGUCGAUUUUGUAUCAAAAUCGCAAUUAAUGCACAUUUCGGCUCUUUUUUAUGCUUAUGCUUGACGAAAAUCUUUUUAGUAAUUGUUUAUACAAUCACAUAUGUUAAUAAGUACGUAAAUGACAUAAUACAUUGAUUGAAUAAAUUAAUAAAAAAAUAUAUUAUAAUAUAUCAUUGCUCUUCGGCGUCAGAAAAUUAUGCAAUUUGGAGAAAAAUGUUGCUGCAAAGACAAGAUUUCAUCAUCCACAAAAUGCACCAAACUCGAUCCUGCCGUUUGUCUGGAACUACAAAAGAUCAUCGAGGCGAUCGCCACAUCUGGAAAAGGACUGUUAGCUUGCGACGAGUCACCGGCGAGUCUGGACCAAAGGUUCCAAGAGCUCGGUAUAGAAAACACCGAGGUCACGAGAUGUGCUUAUCGAGAGAUGCUGUUGUCUGCAGAUAAGUCUCAACUUUCGCGAUAUAUAAGCGGCGUGAUUCUGCAUCACGAAACAAUCUAUCAGAAAACAUCGAAAAAUGUGGAAUUUGUCGAGUUGCUGCGUCAAAGGAACAUUGUAGCCGGCAUCAAGGUUGAUCGAGGCCUGGUGCCGCUUCUAGGCACCGAGGACGAGAAAACCACGCAAGGUUUGGAUGACCUAUGGGAAAAUUGUAUUCGCUACAAAAAGGAGGGCUGCCAUUUUGCCAAGUGGAGAUGCGUUUUUUCAAUUUCGGAACGAUGUCCUAGUCAACUGGCGAUGAACAUCAACGCAAACGUUCUCGCGAGGUUUGCCAGCAUUUGCCAGAGCGCGCGAAUGGUUCCCAUAGUGGAACCGGAAAUAUUGAACAACGGCGAAUACGAUAUAGAUCGAGCUCUGCGAGUUCAUGAAGAGAUGCUGUCCACUCUAUUUCGUACAUUAAACGAACAUCACGUGUAUCUUGAGGGGAUGGUUUUGAAGCCAGCAAUGGUGUUGUCGAGAAUUCAAAAACCUACAAGAUGCACACCGCAGAUCGUUGCUGAGUAUACAUUAAGAGCAUUACGAAGAACAGUUCCCACAGCAAUUCCGGCAAUCUUUUUUCUGAGCGGUGGUCAAAAUGACGAAGAAUCUGUGUUAAAUCUUAACGCAAUUAACAUGCACGAUGAUAAAAAACCGUGGAGACUCAGUUUCUGUUACGGACGUGCUCUGCAGAAUGCGGCAAUGAAAAUUUGGAAAAACAAUCUGGAGAAUAUAAAUAAGGCUCAAGUCAUCUUCCUUGAAAGAGCCGAAUUAUGCUCCAAAGCGUCUUUAGGAGAGUUACAAUUCGGGGAGAAUGAAACGUGCACUCGAAAUACCAAUGAUAUCUUUUGAUCGUAAGAACAUUACAAAAAUCGAGUUAAUUAGAUACUGGAUAUACUUAUUUUAUAUUAUUAUACACAAAGCACAUGCUUAUAAAAUUUUACGAAAUCCUAUUACAAGCAUAUUUUUUUAUAUGAAAAAAUGAUAAAGGAUAAAGCUACUUUCUACAUCAUAUUUUUUUUGGUGAGAAUGAUUCAAUGAAAAUGGAAAUCCGAAGAAAUCAUAUCACUUAGAGUUCACUGGCAGAUAAGAUGCAAAGCAAAAAGGAUCGGUCGAGUUCACUUUAUCAACGAACUUAUUACUCGCGAUAGGACAGUUUGACGA